AUGUUCACAUUGAGGAGGGAAUUUUCUACCCCUUCCAUCUCCUCCGAUGCGCAGUACGUCUUUCAGAACUGCAUCCGCGUCUUUCGCGCAAUAUCCGACCUGUCGCUGCUGAAAGAUUGUGCAAAGACCGCUGAGAUAGCCUCCUCCUGGGCCAUCGCCGUGGAGCUUCAAGUGCCCAUCCUGUACCAUCCGCUCUAUGGAUACGAGCUGAACCGUAACCAGCAGGCAGAGGGCAGGAGCAAGCAUGUCAGGAUGCAGAGGGCGGCGAUGGUGCCGUCAGGGUUGACGGAGGCGCUGGCUGCCUUGCAGCGUCAAGGAGUUGACACAGCAGCUCUCGCUGCCUGCUCCUCCCUGCUGCCACUGAGGAGGAUCGUUGGGAACCAGCUGCCAGAAAGGGACCUGAUGUACGUCGUGCAACUCGCCCAGUCGUUCCCACGUGUCGAGAUUGCAGCCGAAGCUCAAAGUUACGGAGAGAGGUUGUUUAAGAUCGUCUUCAACGCAUCUCUGUCUUCACGGUCCCCCCAGGAAACGUUCUUGGUCCACCUGCAGGACAGCCAGGGUACGGUCAUCUUCUCAGACAGGCUAUCCUUCAGCAAGCUGCACAACUCAACCACAGUUCGAUGCGUCAUCGCAAGAGACCGAGUCUUUCCCCUGCUCAUCACUGCUCUUUCUGACCGCUGGCUGCAGUGCAAGACUCAACUUGUCUUGCGCUCGGCAACCUCCUUGUUCAACAACGACAAGCCCGGUGGAGUUCGAUCGCGGUGCUCAACGAUCGCUGCUGUCCCGCCUCUGCCCACCUCUGUCCUCUCAGCCCGGGAGAGAAAAUUUCUCUUUCCCUCGAGCACGAGCGAGAGCAUGAAUUCCAUCAUGACCAGUACCUUCUUUCAGCUGCGACAUACGUUUGAAGACUUCCUCAUGGCAGGAGAGGAAUGGCUGAGGGAGACGCUGGAGAGGGUCGCGAUGUUUGCGGUCUUCCAGGAGCUGGAGAGCUGGGAACGGGAGGCAGCGAGGAUCGACAGAGGCAACGGCGCAUGCGGCAGGUCAAAGGUUGUCAUCGUCUGCAAGGACCGAGCUGAGGCCUGGAAGUGGUACAGGCAGUGGGGACUGAAGUUCCAGCAGCAGUUCGAGACCGAGGUGUCCUGCUGCGAUGUCACCAGCUCGGCAAACUUGCACGUGCUAGGAGCAGAGGGCCUGCUAACCCUCGACGGUCCUCUCCUCCUGUCACAAGCUCGAGUGGUCAUCGUCCAUGGCCUCCAGCCGGGAGCAACAUGCGCAGAGUUGGAGCUGGCAGCGGCAGCUGUCAAGAAGCAGCAGAGUACAGAGGUGGAGAAGAAGAGGACGAGGAUGAUAACGCUCGUCAGCUCCGUCAUCAACAACGUCAAUGACAUACAGCGCUGGUUGCAUGUCCCUCCUCCCUCCUGCUUCCUCCCUUUCCGCCAUGGCAUCCCCAUCGGAGUCACCCUCAAGAUCCUCUCCUUCCCACGAGGCUCCUCCCCCGACAGGACCAUCCUCAACCUCGUCGGGAGGACCGCAGGCAGACCGUCCCUGGUCGUCUGCAGGACCUUCGGAGAAGCUCGACGGCUCAGCAUGCUGGUAGCAAGGAAGGUAGCAGAGCAGGAGGCGGACGAGGACUUAUUCAGAGUGGCUGCUGUCUUCCAAGAUCAGUCUCUGUCGGCCCUUGCCUCCCAUGGCGUCGGCCUACUCGGCAAGCGGAUGCUGAGAACAGGAGCAGGAGCGGGAUCAGGAGCAGGAGCAGGAGGAGCAGGAGCAGGAGACGGGCGUGUUGUCAUGAGCGACGACGAGCUUCUGAUCGUGGAGCUUCACAGGGCCAACAAGGUUCGACUCCUCCUAGUCGACGUCGAGUACCUCCUAUCCUCCCUCCCCUCCAACCUCCUCCAACUUGAGCAUGCGAUCGUUGCCUUGCCGCCCUUGUGCAGGAUCGACAAGCAUGGAGCGGCUGGACGGGGAAGAUUCGCUUCCUUUGUUGCCGACUCUCCGUCCUCCAUCUACUCCUCGUUGUGCCAGACCCUGGGGAAGUUCAAGUGGACGAGCGGCAACGCUAGGACGGCAUCCCUCGUCGUCCAUGAGAAACUUGGGCUUCGGAGGGCAACGGAUGACCUCUAUCCUGGAUUCCAUCUUUUACUGGAUUUUGAUGCUUAUGAUUCUCCCUUAGCUUGA